UUUUUGAAGUCUUUUUGAACAUGACAAAAUUUGUGUAAAAAAAAACUAGCUAAUUGAAACUAGCUAUGACCGUCUUUCUGACUUUUUUUAUCACAAUUUAUUGACACUAAGAAUUCUAUCAUUUGUAAGAACUGCUCAAACCAAACCCAGUACUACACCAAGGAAGACGCACAUCAUUCGAUUAUUGACACUGAAAAAGCGAUAUUGGAAAUUAUUACUAUGGACAGGGUCACCCAAUGAAACCUCAUCGUAUACGGAUGACACACAAUUUGCUCCUUAAUUAUGGCCUGUAUCGUAAAAUGGAAAUCUAUCGACCUCACAAAGCUACUGCAGAUGAAAUGACAAAAUUUCACUCGGAUGAGUAUGUACGAUUUUUGCGGUCUAUUCGACCUGACAAUAUGUCAGAAUAUAAUAAACAAAUGCAGCGGUUCAAUGUGGGUGAGGAUUGUCCAGUUUUCGAUGGACUUUACGAGUUCUGUCAAUUAUCUGCAGGAGGAUCAGUAGCCGCUGCUGUCAAGCUAAAUAAACAAGCUUCAGAGAUCUGUAUAAACUGGGGCGGUGGUCUUCAUCACGCUAAGAAAUCUGAGGCUUCAGGAUUCUGUUAUGUUAAUGACAUUGUCCUUGGAAUUUUAGAACUUUUGAAAUACCAUCAGCGCGUAUUAUAUAUUGACAUAGAUGUACAUCAUGGUGACGGUGUGGAAGAAGCUUUUUACACUACCGAUCGCGUGAUGACAGUGAGCUUCCAUAAAUAUGGCGAAUAUUUUCCUGGUACAGGAGACUUACGUGAUAUCGGUGCCGGUAAAGGCAAAUAUUAUGCAGUAAAUAUUCCGCUCCGUGAUGGAAUGGACGAUGAAGCAUAUGAAUCAAUUUUCGUACCCAUUAUAUCAAAAGUGAUGGAAACCUUUCAGCCAGCAGCUGUGGUUUUGCAAUGUGGAGCCGAUUCUUUAACAGGCGAUCGUCUUGGCUGUUUCAAUUUGACAGUAAAAGGACACGGAAAAUGUGUGGAGUUUGUCAAGAAAUACAAUUUGCCGUUCUUAAUGGUAGGAGGUGGUGGAUAUACUAUUCGCAAUGUAUCGAGGUGUUGGACUUAUGAAACCUCAGUUGCUCUAGGCGUUGAAAUUGCAAAUGAACUGCCGUACAAUGAUUAUUUUGAAUAUUUCGGCCCUGAUUUUAAACUACACAUCAGCCCGAGUAAUAUGACCAACCAAAACACGUCUGAAUAUUUAGAAAAGAUAAAAAAUAGAUUAUUUGAAAAUCUUCGAAUGUUGCCACAUGCUCCUGGCGUUCAAAUUCAGUCUAUUCCGGAGGAUGCUAUUAAUGAUGAGUCCGAAGAUGAGGACAAAGUCAACAAGGAUGAAAGGAUACCACAGAGUGACAAAGAUAAACGAAUAGAUCCUGAUAAUGAAUUCUCCGAUUCAGAAGAUGAAGGUGAAGGAGGUCGACGAGAUAAUCGUUCUUACAAAGGUCAACGGAAACGACCUCGUUUAGAAAAAGAUGGAAAAACAACUGCAGAAAAUUCCGAUAUCAAGGAAGAAAAGGAGAAAAUGGAUACAAAUGAAAGUGAAGAUGCAGUUAAAGCUGAAGACACAAAAAAAGAAAACAACAUAUGACGUGGCGGUCGCAAUUGGUUAUAGAAACCAAUACACCGUUCAACGAAAUUUAAACCGAAAAUAUAUUAGCAACAUAGCAACUUUUUCCAUUUGUCUUACAAGUCAUGACAGCGGUCAGUGUGAGAGGAACUCGUUGCUCAGGGAUAGUAGAUUUGAAAGACACGCUGUUGUUAAAAACUUCGGUUUUUAAUAAUAAUAUAGGAUGUGUUAUAAUAAAAUAUUACUUGCUAAGAUAAUUACACUUCAUACAUAAAUAUGUACAAUAGCGUUCCAUGAGGGUUUUUUUGUUUCUGAAUGUAUUCAAUUUGUGACAUUAUUCGCUGUACUUCCUUCAAAUACAAAAGAUACUGAUAUCAAAUUUACGCUUAUAAAUAACGUAGCUUUUUUAUAUUGUCGUUGCUUUAACCGUAAACACUCUCUUAAAAAGUUCAUUGUCACAUAAAAGUAUUAUAAGAAUGUAAUUUUUUAAUUUUUUUCUUUAGAAAAUAUAAGAAUGCGACGUGCAAAUAGUAAAUAAAAUUGCAUGUAACUUGAAUCAUCUAAGGUCUAAAUUUAAACUUGAGCAAAUAAAUUGGUGUUUUAUAUGUGGAUAUAUUUUGUUUUCAAUUAAUCAAUGAUCCUUACAUAAAAAUUAUAUAAAAAUUUGAACAAAAGAUCGUUGGUCAGUCAUGAAUAAUCAAGG